CUUCCCACGUUGUGCGUGUGUUGCAUUGUCUCAUUUGGAACUACUGCAGCCUGCUUGGCACCAUGACGACACCCGCUCGUUAUCCGCGCAAUUAAGUGACAACUCGUGGAUCUGGUCACGGGCGAUCUACUCGCUGAAAUGCCCCACUAUUGGCUUAAAUGUGGGUUUAUACUGCGUUGAAUGACCCGGCUGCUAUGUUGCAAUCCCGGAUGCGUUAUCCGAUAGGAGGACCGUCACCCUAGGAUUCGUCGCCUAUUGCUCGCCAACUGGCCAGCGGCUUGAGCGAGGAUGGCGGCCGGCCGCCGCGGCUGCGUCAACUCGCUAUGGUCGGGCACCGAGCGCGUUCGCAUCGGAGAGCGCCUCAAAGCGACGCUGGCCGGGGUCCUGGAGCUGGAGCUGCUCCGAUGCAAACACCUCGACAUGGUGGACGCCGCUCUGGGGGAUCGAGUCAACGCGACCGAGCCGGAUCCGGUGGGUGGGAGCGAAGCGCACGACGAUACCGGGCAGAACGCUGCGACACCCCGCGGGCAACAGGCGCCCUCCCCCUCAGACACAAUGGGCCUGUCAAGUCAGAGUAACCCAGACAACUCCUGUCGUAACUCUGGCGACGGGACGGUACAUUCUUCAGUGGGCGGGGGGAAUAACUCCCGCUGGUCCACUCUGUCCUGGGACGCCCCCUCUGACCUGCUGUCACCACCCACACCCGACCCCUGCGGUGCCGUCCACCUGGACAGUGAUUCCAGACCGAGCUCAGGUUUCUAUUCAGUGAGUGGGAGCUCACUGUCAGACUCAUGCUACUCAGUGUCCAGUGAUGUUGCCCAGGGAGGACUGAUACAGGCAAACAGACCCACAAAGUUUUGGGAACAGAUCCCUGGUUCAGUGGGCAACACUGACAUCUUAUGGUCAGAUUGUGCAGUGCAACCAUCAGGACCGCAUGAUAGACGCAAGGAUUCAGAGCCAACUCAGGAGCAGUCAGUGUCAGCCGUCUCAAGUGAGCCUGAAGUGUGUGGUCUCAGCUUUCUGUCAGACCUCUGCCCAGGCCUCGACAACUCAUCGACCUGUUCUCUUCUAAAGUUUGGCCGUGUCUCUCCAUCUCCCAUCUACUCCCAUGCACAACGACCACAGUUGGACCCGUGCUACUGCGAAGACCUCAUAUCCCGUCGGACAAAAGAGGUGUACCCGUAUCCCAGCCCGCUGCACGCUGUUGCCCUCCAGAGUCCCCUUUUUACCUCUCAGACACAAGCGCGGUCUCCUUCUCCAAAUUCGGAAGGAAACCAAGCAGACGAGCCAACAGAAUCCAUCGGUGGUGUAAGUCCGCCUCUCCGACGACAGAAUGCCUCGAACCCAGUGUCUUUGACGCAGCUGGAGCAGUACAUCUCUCGGCUAGCUCAUCAAUACCACCGUCGGAUGAACCUCUCCAUCCCUGAUCUUGCACACUGUCCGCUCACACACAGAGGCCUUAGCACGCCUGGUAAAAGUCACGGUUCCACUCAGUCCCUGUCUGCCUUUGAAAGCCGCAGUACACCUUCCACGCUGACGGGGGGCAGUGCAACACCGUGCAAAUCGCUACUGGGUAAUUCAGCCAGAGUGAGUCUUAGCGCCACUGGGAAAAAAGCCACGAGGAACUCUAUCAAUCUGGGUAGCCUUCCCUCUGCGACCACAGAGGAUUUGAGCAUCAACUUGCAUCUCAACCUAAACUUGAACCUUACUCCUGGUUUAAACUCUAACAGGGGGAUUGUUGAAAAACCCCAAAAUGUCAAUCUGGGGGUUGACUCCGCGGGUUCGGCUGCUUCAGUGCCGUCACAACCCUCUUCAACGCCUGGCCCGGCGCUUCGAGCACGGCCCCGAAUUUCCACCUGUCCUACUUCCCUCAACCACCGCAGCUCCCUGGAGCUCACUUCGGGUCCUGCAGCCACUUCUGCAUUUGGAUCAGCAGCCUUCUCUCGCUCAUUGGACUGGAGUGCAGGACAGCCACCUGAAGCCGGAACCUCAGUGUUUGGAUCAGCGGCGGGGUCCCAGCGCAGCAGCUUGAUACAGGAGUCCAGCUCCAGUCUCAAACUGAUCGAGGACUCUCCCAUGGUGGGGGAAAUCUCUCGCAUCUCUGGCUUGUCCAGGGCCGUCGUGGUCGGGCUGAUGGAGCAAGGUGUGGAACUGGAUAUCGACUGCUUCCAGGCAGAAGCAGCCAGUGAGUUGAAAAAACAUAAAGGUCUCCCGACAGCCCAUAAACAACAAGCACAUGAUGUCAUAAGACGGACCGACCUGACCCCUCAAAGACCAAUCCAGCUGUCUCUCAGCAUCACCCAUUCGCCGCAGUCCCAGUCCAGUGUUACUCCUCCCCUCUCACACUCCAGCAGCCCAGUCCACCCUUAUCUGUCCAGCCAUGCUACUUCUCCAGUCUAUUCUUCACAGUGCCAGUACCAACAGAUCCCUUCCCAGUCAGACCUGCCCUCCUCCACGGCCUCCUCUCCUCCUUCCUCCCGCCCCACGCAAAGAGCCCACUCUCCUCCACAUCCUCUCCAACCCUCCCCGAUGGGAGCUACCCCGCUCUCAGUGUUCCGGAGGGACACCCCUUUUCAGUGUUCGCUGCCCCGUGCCACCACCGGCACAUCUCCUGUGGACUUUGGUGGCAUCCCUCCUAGGAGUGGGUCCCUCCGACACAGCGGGGGCUGGAAUAGGGUGGAGGGCGACGGGCUCUACAGAGGCAAGCAUGCGUCUCACAAGCUGAUCAGGGCAGCGACUGUUAGCAACUAUGCCAAGAGGGAGGACUCUGGCUCUGCUUGGCGUGAGGAUGAGAAGACACAAUCACGCAGCAAGACCUCCAACAAACUGAGCAGAGCCUUUGAGCGGCGCCUCUGGGGAAAGGACACUCAGAGCGAGAGGGAGGAGAUGGAUAGGGCGGAGUACGGCUACGGAUGGACAAGGAAUGCAGAUGGUAAACAGAGAGCGUCCAGCGCUCAUGACAAGUGGUCAAAGGUAGAAAGCUCACCUAUUUUCUCUAAGACGAGAGGAAAGGAGGGUGGAGAGAAGCGAAGCUCCAGUGUGAGGAGCUCCCGGAGGGCUCUGUUCAGGAGCGAGUCUCAGGGCUUGCUGGUGCCUUGCAACCAGGAUGAGCCCACAAGACAGUCAAACUGGGUUUCCUCAUUCGAUGUGGGGCAAAGUGCCAUGUGUGCAGGCAGGGACAAAGGUGCCAGACUGCUGAACGCAGCGGAGAACAAGCACCUCUCAUCCACAGCUAGCCUCUUUAACCUCUCCUGCUCUCAGAGCUUCGAGAGCAGCUGUCACUCAUUCAGUCCUCUUUCUUCUCCCUCUUUUUCUCCUUCCCCACCGCCCAGACAUCCCCUCCAACGUUCUCGAUCCCUGAGGGACUUGGGCAGGCGUGUUUUUGGCUCUAUGAGAUCCUUAAGCCUCAAACAGAAACCAUCUAAGUGAUUUUUCACCUGCUUGGUGUGUUAAUAUUGCAACAUUUCAAAAAAAGUAUUGCUUUUGGACAGGAGAUAUGGAAGCCAUGUUCUUUCAGCAACCCACACAUUAGCUGCUGAGUUCAUCUCAGGCACCUUGAUCUAUAAAAUGUAUUACUUGCAAAGGGUCUUGCAGCGUGAACACACUGCAUCGUCUACAGAUUAAUAUCACAGUAGUCUAUCAGCGUCUGACGAUGUAAAGACCCAUAUAAACAUCUUGUGUUUUUCUGUGAAGUCUUGUAGAGAACUUAUCUGGGUAAAAGUAGCUAGUUAUAGUAAAUAAGACAGUGACCAUACACAUAUCAGCGACUUGAAUGAUGUAGUAACUAAAGAAUGAAUAUAUUCAUAUACACGCUUCUGCAUGCUGCUCUGUGACAAGUUCUUGUGAAAAUGAUAUUCUUUUUUUUUUUACUAUUGGCAAUCCUGCCUCUGAAGUACAAUCAUACUGGCCAAAUGUUGACCAAAACCAAACUUGUUUAUUUUGAAUGUGCUCAGGAUUUUGAAAGAAUUGUUGCUUGUGACUAAGUGCAACUUUCAAUGAAUAAAAUAAACGUCAAGUUAAACAUAAA